AUGUUACCGAGCACUUUAAUUCUGGGGGUCGCCAUAUGUGGCCUCUUCAUUUGCAUCAAGUUCUUGGUCGAGGGAACUUUGACAACCACAGUAGGUCUUAGAUCUGAGGCGUCUAAGAAGCAGGACUCCAUGACUCACUUUGCCUAUCAGAUUCACUAUUUGAAGAACCGCUUCAAAGGGCUUUCGUAUCUCUUUCAUGGACCCGAGGUUAUUGAGAAAGCUUAUGCUCAGGCCAAUGGAAGACCAUUCCUAGUUGCAACGCCCUCAAAUAACCAUGUUCUUGUAACCACAAACGAGUUGAUGAGGGAAAUCGCAGAUGCAUCGCCUGCAUCUCUGUCGCUUCACGCUGUGGCUAAAGAGUUACUGCAGCCCAAGCACACCAUGCACGGCUUCGAGUGGCAGAACCAGCGAGGUCUUGAGGGGACUGGAUUCGUCAGGGCACUCCGCAGUCUUCUUACUUCUCACCUGGCUUACUUUCAGCCAAGCAUUGAUAGCAUCAUAAGAACCUGCCUUCGUGAAGAAUUGAGCACCCCAGGGGGAAAUGGGUUCACGCAAGUUCAUAUAUUCCCAAUGAUGAAACGUAUCGUAACGAGAGUGAACUGCUUCAUUUUCUUUGGCGAAGAACUAAGCCAAAAAGCGGAGUUCACAGCAGCUGCUUUGGAAUUUCCGCAAUCAGUCAUCUUUGCUGCUGAGAUUCUGAGGAUUACUCCGAGCUUCCUCCGCUCCAUCGUGGCAUCACUCGCAACAGGGAAGCAUCGUGCGGCAAAGACCCUGUUCAGACAUCUCGAGCCCAUCGUCAAAGAGCGUAUGGCUAAGAGGGCGAACCCAGACCUAAAUCGAAACUCGCCCCUACCUGUCGAUUGUACACAAUGGCUUAUAGACACGUCGCCACGGAAGAAUCCAUGGUCACCAGCUCGAAUGAUUGGCGAAAUCAUAGCGGUGUGGUUUAGUACCGUCCAUCAGCUCUCUAUGACGGCGACGUACCUUAUCGAGGACCUCUGCUUACAUGAGGAAUACCUAGCGCCGCUGAAGGAGGAGUUGAGGCAGCACGUCGCAACUUCUUCCAAAGCAUCAAUCGACAUUGAACGCUUGCCUUUACUUGACAGCUUCAUUAAAGAAUCAAUACGCUGUACUAAUGCUGACGCCGUCAGCUGUCGCCGCAAAGCAUUGGUGGAUUACGUUCUGGAUGAUGGAACAAGAGUCGCAAGGGGUGACUGGGUGUGUAUACCCCAGCGUGCCAUGAUGCACGACCCUAAUAGGUUCUCUCGACCGCAUGAGUUCGAUGGAUUCCGUUUUGCAAGGGCCAACGCUUCGCUUCGCGCAGGGAACCACUCAGCCGAAGUCCCUGACAACAGUCCUGCGAGUCUGACAACAGCGAACCAUGAUUGGCCAAUCUGGGGUUUGGGUAUUGCAGCAUGCCCUGGCAGGUUUUACGCCUCGCUAGUGUUGAAGUUGAUAGUUGUGCAAGUUUUGGAUGAGUGGGAGUGCAAGUUACCUGACAAGGAUGGCCCACGAAGCAUGGUUUGGAGAUCGAGCGUCGUACCACGCAAUGACACGAGAGUACUGUUUCGUAGGCAAAGUGAGAGACACCUUGAGGCGUCGUAG